AUGGGUAUCUGCGCCUCAUGUCUAGGACGUAAUCGUCGGGAACCCCACGAUCCCAACCACCCCGAAUCCUCUCGCCUCCUCGAUGAAGACAUCUACCAACCCGGCUACGGCUACGGCGCUCUCAACCAAAGUGCCCAAGGCAACCACCCAGACCCUAGCUACCUGAAGCGCGAACGAGAAGCCCUCGAAGCAAUCUGUCAACGAACAUCAGACUCCGUCAUCGACAUCUGGUCCCUCCAACCUCAACCGCACCUCCAACCUCGCGCCACCCUCCCCAGCACCGUUCCCCCUCCUUCAUCCUCCGAUGGCGAUGCGCCACCCGUCAAAGUAAUAACAACUGACUCGCCACCGGCUCGCUCAAAGAAACCCUCCUCGCCGGCUGCAAAGGCAGGCGGCACGGUCCCGAAACACUGGGGGGAAGUGGUGAUAAAUACGCGCAAGAAUCGGUCGCGGCCGGGGUCGAGUACGGAUGAAGACGGUGCUGCUAAAAGGGAUGUAUUCGGAGUGUUGAAGGUUACAUGA